AACGAAACCAAAAAGAUAACGAAACCAAAAAGAUAACGAAAAGGAAAAAGAAAAGGACAGUAAAGCAUAGCAAAACAUAGCAAAGCAUAGCAAAGGAUAACAAAAUGGUGAACUUCAAAUCUAACCAAGCUCAAUCUCAAUCUCAGACUCGAUCAAGAUCAGCUUCAAGGUCGAUUCGAGAAUUAAUGAACAUUCAUUCAAAUCGAUCAAGACCAACACCAGAAAUCAUCACUUCAACACCAAAUGGAACAAACUAUCAAUCUACUUCACUUCAUCAACCAUCACAAUCACAAUCACAAGAAGAACAAGAAGAAAAAGAACAAGAACAAGCAUCAGAACAUCAAACUGAUUUAAAUCAAAUCUUAAUCUCACCUAAUCAUCUUCAUCAUCAAUCUUUAGUUCAUCAAAAUCUAAUCCAAAGAACCAUCAGUACUCCUGAUCUAAGAAGACAUUCAUCUCAUACUCCACCACGUCAAUCAGAACCAUACAUCCAUCCAUCUCAAAACCAAGACUUUUUAAAUGUAAACUCGAUCCCAUUCCAUUCAUCUCAUCAUCAAAAUCCAACCCAAACCCGAACCCCAUCCCCAAUUCCAAUGUUUCAACUAUCAUCAGCUCAAUAUCACCAAGACUCAAGCCGAUCCCGAAACAAUUCAUAUUCAUCAAACUCACCACAACCUCCUCCAAUAGGUCCGACAGCUGCUUUGGCUAUUGCUGCUGCUACUUCUACUGGGUUUCCUGUUUCUUUAAACCAUCGACCUGCUUCUAUUACUCCUUCUGUGACUUCUAGAAUGCCUCCGACUACUUUUAAAGAUAUUUCUAU